AGCCCCCAUCUACGCAUGCCAAUGUAUAUCUUUAUAGUAAAUCUUUCAGUUAUUGACAUUGCUUCUACAUCAAACAUUUUACCAAAACUAUUAGCUAUAAUAUUAACAAAGGACAACACCAUCUCAUUUGUUGGAUGUAUAACUCAGAUGUAUUUCUUUGUGUCACUGACUUGUACGGAGGUCAUCUUGCUGGCAGCCAUGGCCUAUGACCGCUAUAUAGCCAUUUGCCACCCUCUUCAUUAUAUAAUUUUUAUGAGCUUGAGCCAUUGCGUUGGUCUGUCAAUUACUGCAUGGACUGUGGGUUUUUUGGAUCUCAGUGGGCAUGCUGUUUUAAUCUCUGAAUUAUCUUUUUGUUCAUCUCAUCUUAUUGACCAUUUCUUCUGCGACUUAACCCCACUGCUUAAGCUGUCCUGUAGUGAUACAUCUAAAAUCGAACUUUUAAACUACAUAGAAGGGACCAUACUUGGCAUUACAACAUUUCUACUUAUAAUAAUAUCAUACAUAUUUAUUAUCUCAUCUAUUCUCAAUAUAAAAUCUUCAGAAGGCCAGCAUAAAGCAUUUUCUACUUGUACUGCUCACCUGACUUGUGUGACUAUUUUUUAUGGGACAAUCAUGUGUUUAUAUAUGAGGCCCACUUCAAGUUACUCACCAAAACAGGACAAAUUUUUUGCCCUUCUGUAUGUAGUUUUGGUUCCGUUGAUCAACCCAAUUAUUUACAGCCUGAAAAAUGAAAGUAUAAAAAAAGCACUGAGACUAAAGAUAAAAAUGCUUAGAGUGUUAUAUACAAGAUACAAUUUUUUUUAG